UUCAAACGAAAAAAGAACAAUACACCCGAGUUUAAUAAAAAAAGAAAAAGAUGAUCAAAUAAAUAACCAGAUAAUGAAUCAACCCUUGAGUAAAAUUGAAAAAAUUACAGAUUGGAAAAAUUAUUCACCGAUAGACAAAAUACAGGCUAUUACUCAUAGGACAAAUACAAUUAAAAAAAAACUAGAAAGAAUUACGGAAGAUAAGAAAAGGCUGACUCUAGAACUAGAUAUGAGCCCUUACAAAAAAAGUUCGAGAUUAGCCUUGUCAAAAAAUUUUUGUCAAAUGUUAAAAAUAAAAAAAAAAUAGAUUAAGAUAUAAAUUUCAUUAUUUUAUAAAAUUAUUGAUUCAAAGAAUAUCUAACUAUAUUUUUUUAUAUACUAUAUCUAUUUGCCAAAUGACUGAAAAACUCUUUGUGGAAUCAACAAAAAUGAACUCUCUUUCAAAUAUAAAAACGCAUAAUAAUAAGCGUUAUAAGGAAAAGCCAGAGAAUUUUGGUGAUUUAUCUAACUUGUCACAAGCAUAUGUAUUGUACAAAAUAUCACAAAGGAGUUUUUUGAACGUAUCUAAUUUGAUGUCUGUUCUUCAACAAAAUGGAACAUCUUUCUUGAUUGAAAAGAAUUUCUUUAUUAAAAAAAAAAAUAAAAGACUCAUUUCAUAAACAAGGAAUACUUCAAUCUGAAGGAAUAAAAAAAGAACUUAAGCGGUCUAGAACGAGUCAAUGGAAAUUUUGGUUAAGAGGGAAUUCUCAAUACGAUUUAUCUCCUAAUUUCUGGUCUGCCUUAAGAUCACAAAAACAAAAAUGGAGAAAUAGGGCGAAUCGCUAUCGUAGGUCUAAACAAAAAGAUUUACACAAAAGGAAUUCCAGUAGAAAAUUAAAAUUAAAUAAUUACAGGAAACAAAAGGAUGCUAACUCAGUAUUUAAUAAAAAAAAAAAAGAUAAUUUUAAAAAAUGCUGUCAAUAUGAUCUUUUAGCAUAUCAAUACAUUCAGUAUGAAAAAAAUAGUGGACCCCCUCCAGGAGCUAAACGGGG